UCCGCCGAGCGAGCGCCAGCCGCCGCGAUGCCGCUGGAGCUGGAGCUGUGUCCCGGGCGCUGGGUGGGCGGGCAGCAUCCGUGCUUCAUCAUCGCCGAGAUCGGCCAGAACCACCAGGGCGACCUGGACAUCGCCAAGCGCAUGAUCCGCACGGCGAAGGAGUGCGGAGCCGACUGUGCCAAGUUCCAGAAGAGUGAGCUGGAAUACAAGUUUAACCGGAGGGCCCUGGAGAGGCCUUACACGUCCAAGCACUCCUGGGGCAAGACAUACGGGGAGCAUAAACGCUACCUGGAGUUCAGCCAUGCCCAGUACCGGGAGCUGCAGAGCUAUGCCAGCGAGAUCGGCAUCUUCUUCACCGCCUCGGGCAUGGAUGAGAUGGCGGUUGAGUUCCUGCAUGAACUGAACGUCCCCUUUUUCAAAGUUGGAUCUGGGGACACUAACAAUUUUCCUUAUCUGGAAAAGACAGCCAAAAAAGGUCGUCCAAUGGUCAUCUCCAGCGGGAUGCAGUCCAUGGAGACCAUGAAGCAAGUCUACCAGAUCGUGAAGCCCCUCAACCCCAACUUCUGCUUCCUCCAGUGCACCAGUGCAUACCCGCUUGAGGCCCAGGACGUCAACCUGCGGGUCAUCUCGGAAUAUCAGAAGCUCUUUCCGGACAUUCCCAUAGGCUAUUCUGGACAUGAGACGGGCAUAGCCAUAUCCGUGGCCGCCGUGGCACUCGGGGCCAAGGUGUUAGAACGUCACAUAACUUUGGACAAGACCUGGAAGGGGAGCGACCACUCGGCCUCGUUGGACGCCAGUGAACUGGCCGAGCUGGUGCGGUCUGUGCGCCUUGUGGAAAAGGCCCUGGGUUCCCCGACUAAGCAGCUGCUGGCCUGUGAGAUGGCCUGCAAUGAGAAGCUCGGCAAGUCUGUGGUAGCCAAAGUGAGAAUCCCAGAAGGCACCGUGUUAACCCUGGACAUGCUCACCGUGAAGGUGGGUGAGCCGAAAGGCUAUCCUCCUGAAGAUAUCUUUCACCUGGUGGGCAAGAAGAUUCUAGUCACUGUCGAAGAAGAUGACACUAUCUUGGAAGAAUCGGUAGAAAAUCAUGGCAAGAAGAAAAAAAUGUAAAAUAAAGUGCCAUUCUCUGA